CUAUGCCACUCACUCACCUCUCUCGUGGUGUGAUGUGAUAAUGAACGUCGUGCGUUUUCGCUUUUAUUAAAAAAUCGUGAUCGUUGAAGACAAAGUUUAAGUGUAACUAGUUCAGUGCAGUUUUAGGUUUUAAUGUCGUGACAGUGAAAAUGCAGUUCUAUAAGGAGAGGAUUUUAAAUGCCGCACAAUUAAAGAAACUCAGUGAACACAAAUAUUCGUGUACGAGUAGCAGUAUUUUGGAUGCAUGGCUCCAGCCCUGGUGGUGCUGGCUGGUGUCGAAGACACCGCUAUGGCUAGCGCCGAAUCUCAUUACAAUAUUAGGAUUAAUAGUUAAUAUCGUCACUACACUCAUAUUAAUCUGGUACAGCCCAGACGCGCGCACAGACCCGCCCCGGUGGGCGUGCCUGCUGUGCGCGCUCGGCGUGUUCGUGUACCAGAGCCUAGACGCCAUCGACGGCAAGCAGGCGCGGCGCACGGGCAGCCAGUCGCCGCUGGGCGAGCUGUUCGACCACGGCUGCGACUCCAUCUCCACGGUGUUCAUCGCGCUCGGCGCCUGCACCGCCGUCAACUUGGGGGAGUACCCCACGUGGAUGUUCUUCCAGUGCUUCUGCGCAAUGACGUUGUUCUACUGCGCGCACUGGCAGGCGUACGUGACGGGCACGCUGCGCAUGGGCCGCGUCGACGUCACGGAGGCGCAGUACUCUAUCAUCGCCAUCCACCUCGUGUCCGCCACGCUCGGCGCCCGCUUCUGGUCCACGCAGAUCCCGUAUACAUCGGUGCCGUGUGCGCUGAUAGUCACCAGCGCGUGUUUCUUGGCGCAGCUCAACCUUGUGCUGGGCUUCGGUGCCACCUUCCGCGUGAGGGGCGCGGGGAAAAACGGAUCCACCGUCGCUGGCACGAGCAUCCUGUCGCCCGUGAUACCGUUCUCGCUGGUGGUGGUGCCUGCCUUCAUCAUCUUCCAGAAGUCGGAGUCGCACGUCUACGAGAACCAUCCCGCGCUCUACAUACUCGCCUUUGGGAUGGUGGCUGCUAAGGUCACUAAUAGAUUGGUGGUGGCGCAUAUGACGAAAAGCGAGAUGGACUUAUACGACUGGUCGCUGCUGGGCCCGGCCAUGCUGUUCCUUAACCAAUACUUCAACAACGCCAUACCCGAGUAUUACGUGCUAUGGCUUUGCACGAUAUGGGUGUGCGUGGACCUGGUCCGCUACUGCGGGCAGGUGUGCAUGGAGAUCUGCGCGCACCUGAAGAUCGCGCUGUUCCGCAUCCCGCACCCCCCCGCCCUCGCCGCGCCGGCCCCCGCCGCGCCCGCCAACGGUACGGCCCGCCGCGUGUCCGCGCUGACGAGUGACAGUGAAAAGUCGGAAUCGGAGGAUUCGGCGCCACUUUUAAACAACAACUCUAUUAGCUAAAACUCCCUUCAGGCAGCGAUAAAAUAUUUGCAUUGAUAUAAGCACAGACAAGACAUCCUCCAGACUGAGCAUAGUAGCGCUACCCCCUCUGCCACAAAUAUACGGUAGUUUUACUCCAUUUUCAACUCAAAGUGUCUGUGUGACGUCCGUGUCUUUGAACGGACCAAUCACGGCACGGGACUCGCUCACCUCGUCCCUCGUACCCCAGUAUUUUUGGCAGCAUCGGUUUCAUGAAAUAAUUGCUCUAAACUCCGUCUAGAGGAUUCCUAGUCUAUGGAUAUAAGUCUCUCUAUAGCCGAUUCUAAUUAUCAAUUUGUUGUAGUUUUGAUCUUGUUAUGAUACGACCUAGAUACAGCUCGAAGACAACUGCGCGCGGGGACCAAUCAGUGUGAGCGAGGUUGCCAACGCAAUAUCAAAACAAAAUUAACAGCGUGAGUGAGGUUGCCAACGCAAUAUCAAAACAAAAUUAACAGCGUGAGCGAGGUUGCCAACGCAAUAUCAAAACAAAAUCAACGAAACAAAACACAAAAUUAAAAUCGUAACAAAUUGUUAUACAUAUUAUUACAACAGAAUCGUAUUUACUUGAUUUCCAUGAAGAUUUUGUAAACAAAAAAGGAUUAAGCCACUUUUGGAGCAUUCCACGGGCUGUCCCGUACAAACGCAUUUUAUUUCCUGUGUUGCGACAUUUUUUUCGGCAUUUAACGCAGGCGAUUAUUUUUCUGUGCAUAUUUUCGACCAUUUGUCGUAGAAUCUUCAGAAAAUUCGCGUUUGUACGGGACAAACGGUACCUAGACAAUUUCAUGGAAUGCUCCUUUUAUGAAGUAGGUAUCUGUUGCUUGGAAUUAAAGGUAGAGUCGCACCAAGAAAAGUCUGCAGCGGAUUUGAUGGCCCGAGCAGUGUAAGUGUUAUUUAUACGUCAUAAUUUCAUAGUAGUUUGACGUUAUAAAUCACACUUGCACUGCGUGGGCUAUCAGAAUCGCUGCAGACUUUUCACGGUCUGACUCUAGGUAACUUUAUAUUUUUUUAUUUCGGUGGAUUAUCAAACAAUUUUCUGUUCUCACUUCUGCGACUGUAUUUUUUACGAUACUUAAUAGGAAUGGGUGCUAUAGGUACUAAUAAAAUGGUUUCUAUAUGUAAUGACGAUGAUUGGUCUCGGCUACACGAUUGUACCUAUAACAUCCAUUUAUUAGUAAAUCAUAACAAUAUUUUAGCAACUUAUACCUAAUUGUAGAUUUUAUUUAUUCUGCUUGCCCUGAGUUACCUAUUAUGUGUAGAUAUUUUGAUUAAGUAGAAACACAUUCUGCGAGUGAAUUUCAGAUAUCCGCAAUUCGUUGUACUGCUCUUUACACUUUAACACAUUCAUUGCCACUAAGUGCUAUGGG